AUGACAGCAAAGUCGAUGAAGGGCAUAAUAUCGGUUCCAUUGUCGGUGUCCAAAUCAGGGAAAAUGAAGCUAACUGCAUCUCCAGAUAACCUAGCAUCCAUGAUGUCCAGAGAUCAAAACAAACUUAUACAUUUAGACCCUGUUCCACCUUUUAAGGACAGGCAUGAAAUUAAACCAUGGUUACAGAAAAUAUUCUAUCCUCAAGGAAUAGAUAUAGUUAUUGAACGGUCAGAUACUGGCAAAGUAACUUUCAAAUGCAGGUCAGUACGAUCGAACGGAAAGUUGAACCCUAAAUCUAGGGGUACAUCUUCAAGGUCGCAUGGGUGCCCGUUCAGAAUUAGAGCAGCCUAUUCUGUGCGGUUACAAAAAUGGAACGUUGUUGUUAUAAAUAAUAUACAUGCACAUGAGUUGAGAUUUGAUUUAAUUACUAAAACAGACGACUAUAAAAAGUUCAAAGAAAACCUUCGUCAGCAAAAUGACGUUGAUGCUAUCAAAACAUUUGAUGAAUUGGAAUAUAAGGCAAGUUUAAAUAUACCACUCGUAACUCCAAUUAUCUCCUGUGACUGUGGUCUAACUAAGGAAAUUGAAGCUUUCAGUAACAUAUUUCUCCCACUAUCAAAUUCCCCCUUGACAUCCAAAAAAAAUUCACUCAAAACGAGCAAAAACUCUGUCUUUAAAACAAAAUCUAGACCAAUGGAGAAGUUAAAACCGAAGUCAAAAUUGAAAACAAAAUUAGAUGCAACAUUAAGCACAACCGGAUUUUUGGACAAUAUUGAGACGCAGAGUCCGUGCAUGCCCAUAGGAAGCGAAGAAUCGUUAAUGAACUUGAACGAAAUUGAUUUUACCAAUAUGUUUUGCAACGACAGUUUUGCCUCAAACUCUAAUCAAGAGCUGAUGGGACUUUUGACAGAUUUCACCCCAGGGCCUUUUUCCUCUUGUAUUCUCCCAUCGACACCCACAGAGCCCUUUUCACAAAAUAAUAUGGCCUUGGCCAUAUCAGAAUCAACCGUAUCUUCUCCAAAUUUCAUGGAAUCAAACGCUCUCUAUGAGGAGGAGAUCAACGAAAUUUUCAAAGAUGCCAAAAGUAACACACAAACUUCUAUUAGAGAGACCACAACUAAUUUAUUCAAGGAUAAAAGCGACAAUCUCGGUAUGCUGAACUACAACUACAAAGCCAUGCUUAACCUCAACAAUGAUAAGUUAAAUGACUCGAAGUCUAUUGAUCCGGCACUAAUAUCAAAGUGA